AUGUCUCUUGAACGUCAAGUCCGGGCUAAGCUCGCCUCCAAGCGCAACCCAGAUCAAGAAAAGGAAUGCCAAGGAUGGAUGGAAACCAUUCUCGGUGCUAGGUUCCCCCCUGGUGAGGCAUUUGAAGAUGUCCUCAAGGACGGAACUGUACUCUGCCAACUCAUCAACAAAAUCAAGCCUGGCUCCGUCAACAAAAUCAACACCUCAGGUGGACAAUUCAAAAUGAUGGAGAACAUCACAAACUUCCAGGCAGCAAUCAAAGCUUAUGGCGUCGCAGACAUCGAUGUAUUCCAAACAGUGGACCUAUGGGAGAAGAAGGAUAUUGCACAAGUAGUCAGCACACUGUAUGCUUUGGGCCGUGAGACCUACAGACACCCCGAAUGGACUGGCCCCAACCUCGGCCCCAAGCCAUCUGAAGAAUGCAAGCGCGACUUUUCCGAUGAGGUGCUGAAGGCCGGUCAGACCAUGAUUGGUCUCCAGGCUGGAUCAAACAAAGGUGCCACCCAGGCGGGCCAAAACCUUGGUGCCGGUCGCAAAAUCCUGCUCGGAAAGUGA